AGAACUCCCAACAAUGGGAUUCAGAUGGAGAAUCUUCCCUCUCUUCUGGAAAGCAUUUACACCACAUGGCUGAGCCUCAGCUCCACUAUAUGGGCAAUGGACAUGAUCCUUGCCUUUGUGUGUGGACUGGGGCUCUACCUCCUGUUCCUUCCUUUUCUUGAGAGUCGUCUAUCUUCAACUCCAUCAAAUAUAAAGUUCACCAGGAAGCCUCAGAUACAGAUGACCUGGCAGAGCCAAUACAAGAAAAAGUUUAGGAAUCAUUGUAGGAAUGAUGCAAAAGCUUGGGGAGAAUGCCUGAAAAAGCUGAAAGAAAAAGAAAAGGAUGAAUUAUUUCUAGAAGAAAUGAGCCCAGGACACCAUUUGAACUCUUUAGGGAAUAUAUUUAAUUUACCAAGUGCUAAACAAGACAGCACUACCCUGUCACCCUUCUGGAACCUGAAAGAAAAAUCAGAAGAGCAGGUGACCACUCAGAAACUAUCAUAUCCCAAGAUCUCAGGGGACCAUUUUCAACAGAAAUAUGAUCAGCUUUUCUGGGGUCUCCCUUCUCUCCACAGUGAGUCUCUGGUAGCUGCUGCCUGGAUCCCUCAGACAACAUCAACUCUCUCUUCUCCCUUUUUCUUAUUCAAUGUCAUCUCAAGUGUUUAUCCAAUUCAACUGCAGGAUAAAAUGUCUCCAAUGCUUCCCCACACACAUCCUCUGUCCUAUCUGGACCUCCAACCUCCACCCUUAAUUCUGUCUCCACUUGAAUUCCAGCCCCCAGCUUUGAAUCAAGUCCAUUUUCAAUCCCCUCUCCCGGUCCUACUACCCUCUUCUCUACCCUACAAUAGGGAUUUUGGUACAUCUUAUUCUCAAUCACAAAGUAAGCCACAAUAUCUCCCAACUGAAAUAAAUUACAGAGAAAGGCCCUCAAUGACACAACUAGAAAGCAGAUUGACUUUACCCUUGAUGGUCCAGAAACCUCAAGAAAGCUAUGACAUCUUGACCCCCAGCCCUUCCCAAGACUGGGCAGACUCUAUCCUUCCUGAUAAUUUUCCCAUCAACUGUGAGCUCCGGGAGAAACUAGAGCAACACAUUCAAAAAUGGCUCAUUCAACACCAAAGGAAUUUUCCCCAUAAGAUCCAAGAGUCUGGGGAAGUGAUGGAGCUUCAGAACACAGUACCAGAAAAUUGUCAAAUCAGAGGCAAACCUGGCACUUCACAAGCCCUUGUGUCUACUGGUGAACACAGCAAAGAGGGCCAGAAGGUGAGAUUCCAGCUAGAAAAGGAAUCUGGCAAGAAUCUGGGACCUAUUCUAGGAAAGAUCUCAAAAGAUCCAAUCAGGGGCUUAGAAAAAACUAUGGUAAAGGUUCAGGGGCCAAACAAUUUGGAAUCAGGAAGAAUUUCAGUUAGGUGCCCCAGAAAUGACUCAACACAUCACAUAGACAAAGAUUUAGUAAACAACUUGAAAGCUCAUUUGGGUACAAAGUCAGUGCAGAUUAAUCAAGGUCUGACCCCACUGAGUAUGCGACGAUCCUGGCUUGCUGUGGACAAUAGUUUUUACGAUACUGACAUCCUUGUGGAAACAAGAAGUUUAACAUCCUUGAGGAGUUCUGAAACUUCCAUAUGCUCUACAGAGAAGCUUGCCUUUCUCAGUCCAGAAACUCGACAGGCUCUGGAGGCACAUGUUGUAAGGUUUUGGGUGAAGCACAGGUGGGCUCUACCCCUUAAGAUACUCAAGCCCAUAAAACUCUUUAAGUUAAAAAGUAUUGAGUCCUUGCCUGUUGCACUUUGUGCCCAGUCUUCCUCAACCACUUCUGUACAUGGGACCAGCCCAGCAGUUGAGGUAGUCAGAUAUCUAGGAAAACCAUGUUUGAGACAGAUGAUAAUUAAGGAUUCUUCUCCAUCACCAGGGAAUCUUUUCCUUGUUUCAUCUCCUUCCUGUAAGAGGGCCAUGAGAAGGCUUCCCUCUGGUGUUGACCAUGAACCUUCUACAGCCCUGCCAACCAAAUCAGAGAGUGGGCAUCUUUCAGAAACUCUCAUGUAUAACUUCAUAGACACACCCUCUCAGAGUAGAAGUGUCUUAAAGAAAGAGAUAGAGAACCAAGAAGUCCUUUUACUGCCUAGAAGGACUAGUGCCCAGAAACCAGAGUGUCACAACCUUCAGGCAAAAGUUGUUAGUGAGUUUCCACAUAAUGUGGAGACAGAAUUAGCAGGCCAGCCACAGAUCUAUACCACUGCUGUGCUCCUUCCAAAACGUUCCAGGAGCAUGCUUCUUCCUGUAGAAAAUUUGACUUCACAUGUAUUAGGUGACAUUGUGGUGGUAGAAGGAGGCAGUGGUUUGGUGCAUCAAAGACCCAGUACCCCAAAGAAGAGCCAAAUCAAGAUGUUGGCCCCUACUUAUCAAGGAGAGGACACAGAGCGAGAAAGUGAAAGGAAGUAUGAAGACAGGUCUCAGUUCACCCCAAUCAAGGAGAAGAAGGUCAACUUCGGAGGCCAAUAUUAUCAUAUCCUUCCAAAAACCACACAAGUUCUUACAGAAAGCCCCUCUCAAAGACGUUUAAGCCGCUUUCUACAGUGGAUUCACCCCAGGAAAAUAAUCAAGGGGCAGGAAUGUCAUCCCCUGAAAGGCACUGUCCAGAACCAACAAAGGCAACUGAGCAAAAAACCAUAUAUGGACAACAAUGAUGCUGAGGCCCAGGAUCUUAUGACGGCUGUUGGACAGAUAUUAGAAAAGAAAAUGAUGAUGCAACAUCAACUCUGUGCUCCAAAGUUCAACCAGCACAGGGAAGUUCCUCCAGUCCCCACUUCUCAGUUUUCCCAUGGCCACAUGCCAGUCUCCUACUUAGAGCAAAGGAGACCACCCAGUUACCCUGCCAAUUCCUCAUGUCAGAGGUGUUCUUUACAGGACAGGCACAUCAGAAACCAACUGUCUCAGAAAAGUGUACAAUUUAGCAAGAGACCACAGAUCCCACGGAACCCCAGCCGCUUGCCCCCCAAAGCAGCUUUGAACCUAGUGAAUUCUUCCCAUAAUAGAACAAUAGUGCCAAGAAUCCCAAAUCACCAUCUUUGUUGUCCUAGGCACUGUGCCCUCCAGAGAAAUGUCUGCAGAGAACUAAGACAUUCCCCUGUAGUUUUUCCUAAUAGGAAAACAUAUUGAAAGAAAAAGAUUAGUGAAUGUAAAAAUUAUUUUUCUCAUGUUAGUACAUUCAAGAUGCUUAAUGUAGCCCAAAAUACAUGUUUUCCCCCAUAAA